GGACAAAGGCGGAUCGAGGCCGAGCGGACGGAGCCAUUCCCUGCAGCCCUGCCUGAAUUCGCAGCCCCCACCUGUGGGAUCAUCGCCCCCCCCAUGGCUCCGGAUUUCCCAUUGCCAACACUCGGCAGCCUGUGAGGAAGAGGAAGAUGCCCCAGGGACACUGAGGCAGAGCAGGAGCUGAGCAUGGAGAGCAGGGAGGACAAAUGCCCACGGCAGAACCUGGUGGCAGAGGCCGUUUUGAGCGGCUCCACGGCGCAGGAAGCCAACGGGGAGGAAAAGGCCCGGAGAUGCCGCACGAGGAGGGGCUGCAAACGCAGAUGGCGGGGAUGUGAGGGGGAAAGAGGAGAAGGUGGCCGGAGAUGGAGCCAGAGCUCGGAGCUGAUGCUCCAUGAGCAGCUCCACGAUGGGGAGAAGCCCCACACGUGCGUGGAGUGUGGGAAGAGCUUCAGGUGGAGCUCCAGCCUGGUCCUGCACCAGGUGAUCCACACUGGGGAACGGCCCUAUGAGUGUGGGCAGUGUGGGAUGAGCUUCAGACGGCGCUCGCACCUGGUCAGGCACCAGAGGAUCCACACCGGGGAGAGGCCCUACGAGUGUGGGGAGUGUGGGAAGAGCUUCAGCCGCAGCUCCAGCCUGAUCGAGCACCAGAGGACCCACACUGGGGAGAAGCCCUACGAGUGUGGGGAGUGUGGAAGGAGGUUCAGCCACAAUUCUGCCCUGAUCGUGCACCUGAAGAUCCACACAGGGGAGAGGCCCUACGAGUGUUCCGAGUGCGGGAAGGGCUUUAAGACCAGCUCCUAUCUCCUCCUGCACUAUCGGAUUCACACGGAGGAGAGGCCCUUCCAAUGCCCUGAGUGUGGGAAGGGGUUCAGGGACAACUCCACCCUGGUCCAGCAUCAACACAUCCACUCCAAGGAGAGACCCCACGAGUGUGGGGAGUGUGGGAAGAGCUUCAGAAGGAGCUCCCACCUGCUCAGCCACCAGAUGAUCCACAAUGGGGAGAGGCCCUACGAGUGUGGGCAGUGUGGGAAGAGCUUCAGCCGCAGCUCCAGCCUGAUCCAGCACCAGAACAUCCACACCGGGGAGAGACCCUACAAGUGCGGGCAGUGCGGGAAGAGCUUCAGCCACCAUUCCACCCUGGUCAGGCACCACAUGAUCCACACUGGGGAGAGGCCCUACGAGUGUUCCGUGUGUGGGAAGGGCUUUACCAGCAGCUCCCAUCUCCUCCUGCACUAUCGGAUCCACACAGAGGAGAGGCCCUUCCAAUGCCCCGACUGUGGCAAGGGAUUCAUGCAGAACUCCCACCUCAUCAUCCACCGGCGCAUCCACACCGGGGAGAGGCCCUACGAGUGUCCCCAGUGUGGGAAGAGCUUCACCUGCAGCUCUCACUUGACCCAACACCAACGGAGGCAGCACUCCAUUGCAGUUCUGUUUGCAGAGCGCUCAAUGGCCGAGCUCUGCCUGAAUUCGCAGCCCCCGCCUGUGGGAUCAUCGCCCCUUCCUCCCUAUCGAGCAGAGCAGGAGCUGAGCAUGGAGAGCAGGGAGGACAAAUGCCCGCGGCAGAACCUGGUGGCAGAGGCCGUUUUGAGCGGCUCCACGGCGCAGGAAGCCAACGGGGAGGAAAAGGCCCGGGCAUGCAGCACGAGGAGGGGCUGCGAAUGCAGAUGGCGGGGAUGUGAGGAGGAAAGAGCGGAAGGUGGCCAGACAUGGAGGCAGAGCUCGGAGCUGAUGCUCCAUGAGCAGUUCCAUGAUGGGGAGAAGCCCCACACGUGCGUGGAGUGUGGGAAGAGCUUCAGGUGGAACUGCCACCUGAUCAGGCACCAGAGGACCCACACUGGGGAGAAGCCCCACAUGUGCGUGGAGUGUGGGAAGAGCUUCAGUUGCAGCUCCCACCUGAUCAGGCACCAGAGGAGCCACACUGGAGAACGGCCCUCCAAGUGUGGGGAGUGUGGGAAGAGCUUCAGCCGGAGCUGCGACCUGAUCAACCACCAGAGGAUCCACACUGGGGAACGGCCCUACGAGUGUGGGGAGUGUGGGAAAAGCUUCAGCUGGAGGUCUCACCUGAUCAAGCACCAGAAGAUCCACAGUGGGGAGAAGCCCUACAAAUGUGGGGAGUGUGAGCAGAGCUUCAUUCGGAACUGCGACCUGAUCAGCCACCAGAGGAUCCACACAGGGGAGAGGCCCUACGAGUGUUCCGUGUGUGGGAUACGCUUCCGCCACAGCUCCAGCCUUACCUUGCACCAGAAAACCCACACAGGGGAGAAGCCCUUCGAGUGUGGGGAGUGUGGACAGAGCUUCAGCCAGAGGUUCAACCUCAUCACGCACCAGAGGAUCCACACAGGGGAGAGGCCCUACGAGUGUUCCAAGUGUGGGGAAGAAGUUUCAGACCAGCUCCAAACUCCUCCGGCACUAUCAGACUCACACAGAGGAGAGGCCCUUCCAAUGCCCCGUCUGCGGAAGGGAUUCAGGCAGAACUCCACCCUCAUCAUCCACCGGCGCAUCCACACAGGGGAGAGGCCCUACGAGUGUGAUAAAUGCAGGAAGAGUUUUCAGACCAGCUCCCAUCUCUUCCAGCACUAUUGGAUUCACAAAGAGGAGAGGCCCUUCGAAUGCCCUGACUGCGGGAGGGGGAUUCAAGCGCAACUGCACCCUCGUCAUCCACCGGCGCAUCCACACCGGGGAGAGGCCCUACGAGUGUCCCCAGUGUGGGAAGAGCUUCUCCAGCAGCUCUUGCUUAACCAAACACCAACGGAGGCACCGGUAAGGGAAGCCCUGCGAGUGCCCCGAGUGCGGGAAGAGCUUCGUGCGCUGCUGCAGCUCCCAUCCCCCACUGGAGGAGGCACUUUGGGCACAGCCCUGGUGAGCCACAGUCCCUGUGAUCCUUGUUAGGAACACAGGUGGCUUGUUUUCCUUUUGGUUUCACCUUAAUGUUUCUCUCUUCUCCAUCUCUUUGCACUCCAAAAGCCAAGAGGGAUGGAUCUGUCACCUCAAAACGAUCCUAAUCCCACUGAAAACAGCUCAAUAUUACCCCAAAAGAGAUCAUCCCCACCUCAGAAAACCUCAAUUCCACGCCAAACCCACUCGUUUCCAGAGCCACCAGGCUUAGAUGGGUUUGGGAGGAGACAGGCACAAGUGUGAUCCCUUUUUGGAGAGGUGGGAUGGGGAUUGUGUGGGGCUGGGUGUGUGGGAUGUAUUUGAUAGCAAAUAAAACUCUCAGACUUACUGAUU